AUGGCGCACAACUAUCAAGACUCCUACGAAUCUUACAACAGUGGUACUGUUUUAAAAAUCCUUGACAAUGGCUUUUUAUUGACGCAAAAUUUGUUGGAACAAACCUUGGAAACGGCUUUUUGCCUCGAGACCUUCAAGAAUUUUUCCUGUGCUUCUACAGCAAGAAAUUUUUCGAACAAAUUUUGAUUUUUUGAUUCGAUUGUGAAGAAGUUUCAGGCUACCAAGACUUUUCCAACUACUCUCGUCCGCAUCGAGGCGGGGGGAACGACCAAUACCACUGGAGUCCGGCUCAUCAGCACCAAAAUCAACAGCGUCAGGCUCCGCAGAACAACUACGGCGGCUAUCAACAUCAGCAGCAGCCUCAGCAGAGUUACGGCCAGCCUCAUUCUCAGCCUCACUCUCAAGCUCAUCCUCAGUACCGCGCUCAACACCAGCAGUACUUCUCUAACGUUCAGCCUGGUAGGGGUUGCUCGAAAAUUCGGAAUGCCUUCGAAAAAUUGUCCUUCUCUUUUUAUGAUUUUAUUGAAACUUAUCUUUUUAGGUUGAAAAAACAGAUUCUCUUCAUUAUCUUUAAAUUUCAUUAGGUUUCCUUUUUUUAGGGAGGUGAACAUGUGCUAAAAAGUAAUUUUUAAAAAAACGAUAAAUAUUUGUUUUUUUCUGUAAAUAUUGAGACAAGAAGCAUGAGAAAUGCUUCUUUUACUGUUCUAAAGAACGUUGAAGAAAAAUCUUUUCUCAAGGAAAUAAAUAAGAUUUUUUUGAUAUACUCAUCAAUGAAAAUUAUGUUUUCAAGUAUCACAAUCUCCUGGAAAUCUGCCGCAUGAGCAUUUCUCUUUCAACGCCGACGCCAAGCCUUUUGUACCGAUCCAGCAACAGCAGGUAAAAGAAGUGUGUGAAAAUCAGAAAGAAAGGGAAGUUGGAGAAGCGGGUUUUUGUUCAACGACCACUUGAACAUUUUUGAUUUUUAACGAUGAACAUUGGUAAAAUUCAACCUAGUUGUAAUUUUUAUUUCGGAAGCUGUUAUGCACACUAAUAAUCAUGUGAUUCUAUUUUUUGGCUGUCUUAACAAAUAGUUGGAUUGAAAUAAUAAAAGAACUCAGUUUUUGCUUGAAUUUUUUCGUUAUCGAGGCUAAAGCUGUGCGUGAGCCAGGCAUUUCGGGAUUUUGGUCGAAAAAUUACGAAAAUUUCUCUCUUAUUAUGAAACUGACUCUAAAAUAAUAGUGAUGAAUUACGCAUAUUAGAUUCCUUCUCUUUUUCUAAACUUUGCGAGUAUUUGAAGACCAAAAACUUCGAAAAGUGGCAAAGUUUUGACCGCUUCGCGGCCGCGUUCCGGAUCUUGUACACACCUCUGAUUGAGACAUAAUUUCAGUUAAUACAAGGCAGAAAAGACAGUUGCCUUGCUAAGAAGUUUUUUUAUUUUUGCUGCUUUAUUUUUGGUCGCCUCAGCAGGAGGACAGUUGGUUGGUGGUCCACUAACUUCUCACUACGUGCCUAUUUGUUCUUUUUUUCUUCUUGUGUGAAACUGCAAACAACUUGUAUCGCUUUCUUUUUUUUCCGUCUCGCGAAAUGGAACGAUUUUCAAUAUGAGAAGGUGUGAGGAAGAAUGGGGAACGAAAAGUGAAAAUAAUUUUUUUUUUCAGGAAAUGAUGUAUUCAUUAUUGGGUUUUGUUAAAAUUUCAAGGUUUGACUUUCAACACCUUGGUCGUGCCUAGAAUCUCUUAAAACUGCAUCAGACCCGAAAAGACUUGCGCGCGUCGGAAGUUCAAUUCUUAGUGUAGAUUUGUCUUAGUUUCAAUCGCAGCGCGACCGCAACCUUUUUAUAAAUUUUGCAUGCGAUAUUCAACGUUCUUUUCUUUAAAUUUUAUAUUCCUGUCAAACGAUACGGACCGGCUGCUUAUAGCUUUUUUUUUCCCAGCAAUCUUUUUUUUUGUUGAUCGAUUUAUUUCAUGGGCGCCGAAGAACAGCUGCAUAUAAGACGAACCGUACAUUGCUUUUUCCCAUUUGAUUCCUUUCAUAGUGGCGCCGAUUAUAUUGGAAGCUGCUGCUUUGCCAGUUUUCUCAGUUCUUUUUGGGUUAUUCAAGAAUUUUCGAUGUUCUUGAAUCAUAUUGAAACCAAAUUAGCUGUUUUCGACUAUGAGAUUAUCGAAAAUUGUUAGCUUUACAUUCAAAAUACUUGAAAAAUCGCCGGAGCUUUUCGAAUAAAACAGAAAAAAGUACCUGUUCGAAACAAUUCGAAGAGCUGAUAGCACGAAAUUUCGCUUUUGAGACGUGUUCCUUCUUUUAUUUCGAUUGUAUCAUCGAAAUGUUUUUUUCAGCAUUCUCAUGGUAUCGAUAGUUUAGUGAAGUCAAAACUUUGGUUUCUCCGCAUACAAUCAAAUAAUUUAGUUUAAUUUUUUUGGCCAAUAGUUUUUUUUCAAUAUUUAUUCUACAAAUUCAAUCGAAUGAAACUUUUUGAGCCUCUAUAAAUCUCCAAUCUAUUGUAUAAAAUUUGAACAAAAAAACAUCUUAGCCCUUUUCCCACUUUGACAAAACCGUUUAACACUUCAUCUCAUUCGACAAUGCCUGUGGGUUCUAUUCAAAUAAAGAUGUGGGGAAAUUGAUGCCUUCCCAUUCUCCCGUCCUGUUUAAAAUGUGCGAAAAACGCGGGUCUUUCGUGUUGACAUUUUGCCACUUUUAGGUGUUCUGAGAAGGGAAUUGUGGCGAAAUUGUUCUUGAGACGCUGUUUCAUGGUUCUUAUUGUUUCUGAGAAUCAAUUGCGUAUAAUUCGCAGCACUAUUUCAUACGACUCUUCAAGAAAAAUUUUUUGAAAAUGGUUUUUGAGGCCCUGUAUUUAGAAAGUUUCCGAAAAAUGACUUUUUUUUUUUGAUAGAAGUCGUUAGGGAAACACUUUCUAAAGAAGUUCUAAGCUAAAGCUUUGAUGUUUGAUAUUCACUGUGACCUAAACUGGGUUGUUGACCUCGGAAGAGCCAGUGCAAGUCUAACCACCGCUGAACCCCUUCUUAUCCUUUCUCUUUAGAAGCUUUUCUGUAGUUCGUUCACCUUUGAUUUGAAAAAACGUUCAAUGAAGUGAUGUAUAAAAAGCUCACGCAGAAUGAAAAAUUGUAACUCGUGGUUUUUGAUCGCCAUCUGUUUUUUUCAAAGAAAGGAUAGGAUUUUUCCGGGUUUUGUUUGGUAUUUUUAAGAAAUUUUUUUCAGUGUUAGAUUUUCAAAUUUCUUUCGAUUUUUUCUUUUAGAUCUUCAUGAAUUCCCUCCUGUUUUCCGAAAGGGAAAUAUUUUUCAAUCAUUUUUUUCCAUCGGUCAUCCUUUUUCCGGACGCCUCAGGGCGAUAUCACGUGCCGCUGUCGUCACAUGUUGAUCUAAAACGAAUUGGAGCGGCCGGCGAUCAAGAACACUUUUUUUCUCUGACCGCACUCAAAAAAUUCUGUUCUUUUGUACAGUUUCACAGUUUUUCUUUCGGUUUUUUUUCGAGUAGAAAGGAGUUUUAAAUGUAAAGAAGGUGACCUCCCUUGUUGGGUUAUUUUUAAUAGUCAUUUUGCCUUUUAGCCUAAUUUUUCCUCUAAGAGUUUAAUUCAGUCCAUAAAUAUUCAAAGCUCUCGAUUUUUACCAAGACACAUUAUAUUAUGAAUGCCUAUAGAACAGAAAUUUUCGAAUGAGAAUGUGUUAGUUUCUCGUAACGGACUCUUCUCACUCCGUUACCAGCUAAUUCUCACCCUUCUAAAAGGAGCGCCACCUUAUUUUCUGUCAUGAUCGUCGUGCCGGUGGGCCUUCCAGCCUGUGGCAAGGUCCUCCCUGUCUUGGCCACGCCUUCAGAGAUCUGGGGACUUCUUCAUUUUGUGGCUGUGCGGCUCUUCCGAGCGGCUGCUCUUCUCCUUCCUUUACUUUUUAUUCUUUCUUUUCUUCUUCGUCUGUUCGACCUUGAUGGUCAACCUAAGGUUCUUUGGAGAGGAUCACUAGACGCUUCCCAUCGAUUUUUAUGAUCAAAAAGUUGUUUUUUGCCUCUAGAGUAGCUUGAGAUUUCUUUAGAUUAAUUAUGAACUACAGAGUUGACUUUGAAGGCCUACUAGUUCAUUGGAUAGGCUUUUAGCCAUGCCAGUUCAUCUUCGAACAUUUGUGUCUGGUUUUUAAAAAUAUUUUUAGACAACAGCAUCUCGUGUAACUUUGAAGUGUACUUUAGCUGUAACACUAUUCGAAAGUUGUUCAUUUGAUGAUUUUCGGAUACUUUUUUGAAGGUUUUUAACUCGUUAGGUGCAAUUAAAGAACUUUUAUUCUUUAAAAAUUUAUUUUUUUUUCUACUACUGAGGAAGUGCUGACUACUCUAGAAAUAUUUAAGAUCAAAUUUAGGCGGGUUUUAAAAUUCUGUUCUCAUCUAUGUCUAAUUGCUCUCUUUCCCUUUCUCAAAAGUUCAUCCUUUGUCUUCAAUCUCACCCUUCGCAAUCGAUUAUCCUCUCGAAACUUAUUCAAAAUCAACGCACUGCAGUGAACUUCUUACCAAACCAAAAAAUCGAAAGAUGAUUAGACGUGGAGUCCGCGACGAAAAUGGAUACACCAACUUCCCAGAUUUCUUUCCCUCAGUAAGAGUUGUUGCCUUCAGUUCAAUAGGAAUAAGAAGAUUUUCUCAGAAAGUCAGGAAUGAAGAGAUUUUUUGCAGACCGAGCACGUGCCGCCAUCGUACUGCAAUGCGCCCAUGUACGGAAUGGAGAGCUACGGACCGCGCUACAUGUACCAGAGCCAUGUAAGUCUCUUGAGAGGUCCAUGUAAAACUAAAGAAAAACAAAGUGAUUCCUAAGUUGAGCCUUUUCUAUUGGUACUUCAAAAAUAAGUCUUGUUACUUGAAGUUCCUUGACAAAACUUUUUUUUUUUGCAAUUUCGACUUUUUAAGAGAUUAGCGCUUGUAGCUCCUGAAAUUCGAUUUUUAGCCGACUUUUUGAACAAGGAAGGGAUUUGGAAAUGUUUUCAAGCCCUUUCAAAUUCCCCCUUGCUCUCUCAACACCAUCAGAAUAAAUUGCGAUUUCUGUUGCAAAAAAGAACUCUUUGCCUUUUGUUCGCAGCUUUCUGUAGAGUCUAUAAAGUUUUGGCGGUGAGGAAGCGACGGCGGCGCUCCGUUUUGUAUGCACAGAGAGAGCGGCGGGGAUUUUUGGCGCGGUUUGGCUCAGGUUGCUACUUUUGUCGUCGGCGGCGGUCUCUGCUACACUUCCUUCUUGCCUUUUUAAUUGAUUUCCCAUAUCUUAAGUUGCUUCAGAAAAAAUGCGCGAAAAAUAAGCUCGAAAUGGAGAUUCUCAAGUUGAAAAGUUGGUUUGAGAGCUGUUUUGAAAGUUCCUUCGUCAUUUUUUUAUAAGCAUAGGGAUGAAAACUACAUUAAUUUCAAAAAAUCGAGAAUAGUUGAACAACAUUUAUUUGCAAAUCUUUCCGAAAAAGACAUGUUUUUCUCAAAAUUUGUCUUAUCUUUAAUUCGCAACAAUUUUUUUUAAACGAUGGUUUUAAUCGAUCAAGCCUUUUUCUUAUGAUCCAAGUCGAUAAAAUUGAGGCUUUAUCUUCAAUCUAUCCUCUUUUUCUCCCCGAUAACGGGUAUUGUUUUUCGUAUUUUCCACUCAGUUUUCUCUUCCUGGUGCGGGAAAAUAGUGUCCGCCGCGAGAUCCGUUAUGUUUCGCGUUUCGCCGACGAGCGCACUCGACGCCCGAGGAAUUAUAUGUCGCUCUGUUUUUUUCUCGUUCUUUUCUGUUCGGCUCGUUUGAAAAUCGAUCUCUAUUUCGAUUGUCGCUUUCAUUUUCUGUUGCUGGUGGUCAUUUUCAUUUUCAUUUUCAUUGUCUUUGUUUUGUUUUUUUAUUUUUUUCAUAUAGAAAAAUGCCUCGAUUUUUUUUUAAAAUUUAUUCAUAGGAACUACACGAUUCAGUUUACUCCAAAGUAAUCAUCAUUAACGUUCUUUAGAAUCGCAUCUGCAAUCCCUUUAGACAUAGCAAAAUCGAAACCCCGCUCGGCUAUAACAACAGAAAUGAAUACUAACCGGAAAAUAACCACGGCCGAAUUUUGGCCUAAUUUCUUGCUUUAAUUGCUCCAUUCGACCGUGAACUUUGACGCAAAUAGGAAGACACGUUUCCUUUUCAUUUCUAUUGAAAUAUUUGGUUGAAAAAUAUUUUAACCUUAUUCUUUCAUUUUUCACGGAAUUUUGUUCUUUCAGCCGUCUUACACCAGUUACGCUCCUCCCGUCAUGACCGACUUCUACUCGGAGAACGAGGAAGAACAGGUAAAAUAUUGAAAAAAAGAGAUUUUCGGCGGUUUUGUAUAGUAAUAGUAUCGUGUCAGGUUUUUUUAUUUUUUUCCGAUUCACAAGAUUUGCUCUAAUUAUUUUUUUGUUGUGAACUACAGUAACUAUAGUAACUUAGCUUGGUACGGAAAAUACUACAGGAAGACUUCUAAAUUUCUCCUUACCAAACACUAUUUUCGCUAUAAGUCUUGUUCGAAGAUUAUUCGUUUAUGCUUCAUUGAUUUUUUCAAGAGCAAUAUUGAAAAAUAUGAUAAGGUCGAAAAAAAAACGAAAUGGAAGCUCAAUUUCAGGCGGCUUACAACGCCAUGUACGCUCAGUUCGGCCAGCAACAGCAGCAAUAUCAGCCGUCGGAGGAGCUUUGGAAUCAAAUGAUCAACAGUCCAAACGCCACUCUUCUCCAGGAGGUUUGUCGACAAUUUUGAUGACCUCCAGAAAAAUCUUUGAUAACAACAUUUUCUAAAUAAUGACUAUUAUUACUGCUUUAGAUAUUAUCUUAACUGUUUUCAGGUUCUCGUCGGCUUCGAACAGCUGAUGGGAGAGUCGGAUGAAGACGGAAUGACGACCUGGUCGAGUGCGAUUCGUCAGCGUCUAGAAGGCCUCCAGAUGUCGGACGAGAGCCGUCGCACCGCCAUUUCGCUCCUUUUGGAAAUGGUAUGAUUGUUUUGAAAACCUUGAGUUGGGUUUAUGCCCAUAGCUCUUUUCCCUCAUUCGUUUUUCCUUCACAUUUUUUGAUUCAUAAUAUUUUGCUCAUAUAUAUUGGUAGAUUUAUUUACUUUUUCCGGCCUCAUUUUGCGAUUUUCCAGGCCGUUACGUUUUCGCCGAAUGAGCUCCGAGGCGGCAACCCGCAGUACACUUUUGCGACGCUUCUUGCCUAUCUUGGCGCCGAGGUUUUUCAUUUUUCUCACUUUUUCCAUAAUAUGUUCGAAUUUUUCAGAUCUCGACCUUGACGCGAAACGUUGUCCUCAACGUGCUGAAGGACUACCACGAGCGGCGGCGAAGUUUCGAGGACGAGAAAAAGAUCAAUUUGGUUCUUUUCUUUGCCGAAGUCUACGACAAGCUUACUUUUGUGCGUUUCUUUUGAGAAUUGUAGCUUGAAAAAGUUCAUUAUAACUGUGAUUCUUCUUCAAGGCGAUUUUUUGAAAAUUGAAGUUCCUGUUUUUUUAAGUAGAAAAUUAGGGAAAGUUACAUGUUUUUGCGUUUUUCAUAUGUAUUUCAAGAUUUGAGGAUAAUGCAUCACUUAUAGAAGCUACCUCAUUUAUUUCAGUUAUUCGAAUUUCAGGAAAACGGAAGUAAAAUCGAUAUGCUCGGCCUGGCUUUGUGCGACCAAAUCGUCGAUAUCGUUCAGCAGCCGAAGCCCAACGAUGCCUCCAUGAAGUAUUUGAUCCGCAUUCUUAAGGUACAAAUUGGAAAAUUACGCUGCAAGUUGGAAUAUAAAUUAAUUUUCAGUUGACCGGCGCCUCGUUGGACUCUUUCGAAGCUUCCAAGACACGUAUCGAUGAGAUUUUGACGCGGAUGAACGCUUUCGCCAUUGGAUCGCCUCACCUUUCUGAGUGAGAAUUCGAAGAAAAAAAAAUUAUCUUUGCUAGUUCGAAUGAAGUCUUGAGAGCACUCUAAAGAUCUUCCAAAGCUUCAGAUUGUAUAUCUUGAGCAGCUUUUUUUUAAAAUGUGGCUAUAAACCGUUUUCUUACAAGUUUCUAUGCUGUGAUUUUUAGGUCGACGAAGACACAAAUCGCCGCCUUGGUGGAGCUGCGACAGAAGGGCUGGGGCCGGACCGUCAACAGGGCCUUGAGCUCGAGCUCCGCUCCCUACGGGUCGAUUGUCGGAGCCGACGGCCAAAUGCUUGAGCUCAGCGAGGAGGAACGUCUCUUCCUGGAGAACCAGAUUGGACAGCUUGAAGGUGAGAUUUAAAGGAGAAACAUCUAAUUUUGAAUGGGAUAAUACAGAAUUCUUUAUCAGAGUUGUUAAAGUUUUGCCUUGCCUCAUGUCACUUGUUCUUGAAACUAAUUCAAUUUUUUUUUAAUUUACAAUUUUUUUUCAGAUCAAGAAGGCGAAGCGGACGUUGACGACCAGGAGAUUGAUGCCGAAUUCGGCAAAUUUGUCAAGGAGGAAAUCGAACGAGAUGCGGUUAGUUUUUCUUUCUAUAAAAAUCUGCACGUUUUUGUUUCAUUUGCUUGAAUUUGUGAUGAUUUGCAUGUAUGAAAAUGCUGGUCGUAUGUCGUAGACUUCGGCAAAGAAAAGAACCAAAUUGAUCUUUUUCUCGUCCUCGAAACUUCGCCGCCGCUCGUGGUAGGUGGUAGUGGUAUGAAAAUGCUUUUUGAAUUUAUUUCGAUCACUACUAUUUUUUUCGCCAAGGGUUUUCAUUUGCAUGAGUUUUGAAAAUCAAUCAAUAACUGGCCUCUUUUUCAUUAUCUUUGUAUUGCACGCUUUAGACAUACCGCUUUUUUUUUUGGCUAUAACAGUCUAAAGGCCAUUAAUAUCAUCUUACUCAACUUGGGAAUGCAAUAUUUCAUUUCAUGGCAUUUUUGAACGCAGUAGCGGGUUUGGAUUCUGCACCUCGGCAACAGUUUAUUGAAAGUUUGAUUUUUACUUCCUUAACUGACAUCUUUUUGAAGGAGCUUUACUAAUCACUGCAUGUUGUUUGUUUGAAUAACUGAAAAAGAUAAUCUUUCUCUUGAUUUCUCAACGUCUUGAAUGUUGUCGUUUUAGCACCUCGCCUACUCGGACUGCUACGAAGUGCCGAUUGAUCCUGUUCCUCAGGAACAAAAUGAACAGGUAUGCAUGUCACUGUCGUCUCUUUCUUCACAUCUCUCAUGUCUAGCACGCUUCCGGGUAGUCUUUUGGUGUUGGGUUUUUGUGUAACUUCUAAACGUGGUGAAGAAAAAAACAGCGAAAAUUCAGCUGAAAAUUUUGAAUUGAAAAAUGGAGCAUUUUAUCCGUAGAGCGCACAUUUGCGGCUCUUUUUCUCUAGAACAUUCCAUUUUCUCAGACUUCUUUCAAGAGUUUUUUAAAAAUAAAUUGAUUUCAUCAUUUUCAGGUGGACAGGAACGUUGCUGAUUUUGACAAACUGAAUCUGUCGGACGAGCCGAAAAAGGAAGCUGAGGAGAAAUAA